CACACAAGACAACAAAUUCUCUCAUCGCAACGAUGGAUUCCAUGAAGCUGCUAGAGGGUUUGGCAGCCCUCUUUGCCCUUGUCUUAGUCUACCAUAUUUGGCCAAAAAAGAGAGGAGAAACAAAACGCCGACCGAUCGAGCCCCCUGAAGCUUGGCCUGUAGUCGGCCACCUUGGCUUGCUGAGUGGAACCACACCUCUCCAUAGAACCUUGGCCGCUCUCUCAGAGAAGCACGGGCCUUUGUUCACCCUUCGACUAGGUCAAAUGCGUGCUUUAGUAGUGAGCAGCAUGGAUCUAGCUAAGGAGUGCUUCACUACAAACGACCAAGCCUUUGCCAGUCGUCCCCCAUUGGAGAGCGCGAAAUGCCUCGGCUAUGGCUGCGCCAUGCACGGGCUCGCCCCGUACGGACCUUACUGGCGCGAAGUCCGCAAGAUGGUCACCAUCGAGCUGCUAUCAAACAAGCGACUCGAGCUGCUCAAGCACAUCCGAGUCGAGGAGGUGGGCUCCUUGGUGGAGGCCUUAUACCGCAGCUGCGGUGGCGAUUACUCGGUGGACAUGACUCGGCGCUUCAGCAACCUGAUCAUGAACAUCAUGCUUAGGAUGGUCGCCGGAAAACGGUACUUUGAUUUGGACGGUGAAGAAAAUGAUGGUGAGGCAGAAGAGUUUAGAAAAGUGAUAAGUGAGUUUUGCCAUCUGUUGGGAGUGUUGACGGUCAGCGACGCGAUACCAUGUCUGGAGUGGCUAGAUGUUGGUGGCCACCUCAAAGCCAUGAAGAGGGUUAAAAAGAAGAUGGACGGAUUUGCAUCGGCUUGGCUUGCCGAGCACCGGCGAGAGAGAAAGUCUGGGAUAAUGGACACGGAGAGUGAUUUCAUUGACGUCCUCAUUAAAGAGGUAGAAGAUGGCCAUUUGUCAGAAAAGCACCAAACUGACACAAUAAUUGAAGCCACCGCCAUGGGUUUGGUAGCGGCAGGUACGGAUACGACAUCGAUCACCUUAGAGUGGGCUCUCUCAGCUCUGCUUAACAGCCGCCAGGCACUGGAAAAAGCACAAGAAGAGUUGGACUGCAACGUAGGCAGGGAAAGACGGGUGGAGGAAUCAGACAUCAAGAACUUGCCAUACUUGCAAGCUAUCCUGAAAGAGUCAAUGCGCCUGUACCCAGCGGCGCCGCUGUUCCUCCCGCAUCAGUCGAUCGAGCCCAUCCAGCUUGGCGGGUACCACAUACCAGCCGACACGACUCUGUUUGUUAAUGCCUGGAAGAUAUUUCGAGACCCGAUGUUGUGGACGGACCCAGAAGAGUUCAGGCCGGAGAGGUUCUUGACAAGCCACAAAGAGGUUGCCUUCGGUGGUCAGAACUUUGCCUUCAUGCCGUUCGGAACGGGCCGGAGGAUGUGCCCCGGCUGGACAAUGGCUUUGCAAGUGCUUCACUUAACUUUGGCACGCUUGCUGCAGAGCUUUGAGUGGUGGACUCCCAGGGACGAGCCAGUUGAUAUGACCGAAGGGUCAGGGGUGACCAUGCCUAGAGCAGCUCCGCUCAAAGUUCGCGUGAAGCCUCGUCUUCCGCCUCACCUCUAUUAGUCAAACAGCUCAUAUACAUUUUGCUUGCUGUUUUUGUAUGCUUAAUGAUCAUUUAGCAGGGCUCGUUGCUUUUAGAACAACUUUUUCUAGUUUACUUUCAAACAAACAAGGAGCAAAUAAAAUGUGAUUGUUAUAAGAGAAAUUUGUGAAUGUUUCGUCUCAAUGGAAAUGUAAUCUUGUAUUCUGCACACUAGCUGUUCCUUGGGAAGCUGCCAGUUGCCACUUAUAAUUCAUUGAUCAACUUCAUG